UGAUUCCGCUAUGAAUUAAAAAAAAAGAAAGUUAAGUAAUACUUUAUAAAAGUUUUCAAAAAGGAAAAGUUGAUAGGAGAGAAUAUUUCGAUUAGGAUUUUUCUUGAACGGUCUACUAACUUUUAUCUAUACACAUUAAACGGAUAAAAGCAGUGCUAAUGCACCCCUUUUAUAUCGAUCGUUUGAUUUAAAAUAAAAAGAGCGAAAAUUUUAUGGUCGAUCGAUUUUUCGGUUUUUUUUCUCUUAAAACAUCGAUCAAAAUAAAACAAAAAGUCUCACUUCAACGCCCCCUCCGACCUUUUUCUUUCCUCGAUCGCUUCUGCACCUAAAUAUGAAAUAUAUUGUUUUCUUUCUUUAUUCGAUUUACUUUCAGUGAUACUAUUGGUUGGCGAAAACUAUAAAGAUCUGACAAAUAGAAAGGCAUUGACGAAGAUUUGAGAGCAUGUCGAGAAUAGCCUAUGCUAUGGGUGACAGCAGCUUUAUCGAGGAUUUAGUAGCGCCUUGUUCAUCGCCGGCUUCGCCUAGGACACCAGAAAUUCACAUUGAUUUAGCAGCUCUUACUUUGAAAUUGGAAAUGACUGAGGAAAAGAGACCAGAAGUAAGACCAAGAGAUUUAACAAAACCUAGAGAACUGUACAGAAUACCAGUUCCGGCUGGUUUUUAUGUAAAAUUGCCACCUAUAAAAAAGGAUGAGAAGAGAUUUUUUAAAAGUAAGGAUAAUUGGAAAGCAUUACCUAUAGCGACCUCUGUACCUACAACAAGUAUCCAGAAUGAGGUACAUCUGCUCAAUAUACCUGAAAAAGAAUCUGAUAUAUCAAGUGAUUUGUGCAGCUCUUCUUCGUCUUCUCGUUCAACUACAUCUAUUAAAAGAGAAAUAAAAAAAAUUGAACUACGUCCAAUCGAUGUAUCCAUAUCGAUUACUCCGAAAGAGGUCCUAAGGCGGCGUCACCACGUUCAGCAAGUGCAAGAACAAUUACACAAUGUUCUUCAUCAGCCUAAGCUGUCGCAAAGGCAGAAUUCUACGAAAAAAGCUUUACGUGAUGAAUUUCUUAGGCAAAAAUCUAUUCUAGGCUUGCAUGUAAGAUGUCCUACUGAUUUAAUGGUUCAACGUAAAAUUAAUAGCAAAUCAAAAACCAUACCUGUGCGUAAUAAGCAUACUACAGAAGAUAAUCGUUCUUCUAACAGACCCAAUUGCCGUAUAGUCAAUGGUCUGGCUGUAAUUUCGAGUCAAUGGUCACCUAAAAGGGAAAAGAAGUCGGAAAAGUUACGAAAAACUUCAUUUGAAAAAUUAGAUAAAUCCUAUGAGACGCCUGCAACUAAAUUAUUCAAUGUUUAUAUUCAAAAUCGAACAACAGAUAGCUUUACUCGUUUAAAUUCGAAUAAUUAUAAUGAAUCUUGAAUAUUUCAUCUGAUUUCCCCAAUAGAUGGCAUGAUAUUUACUCCCUACAUUGCUAAUCGUAAGAAAGAGGAAGUAACUUUGCAAAUGUUUCUCUGAACAUUUCAUGAUUGGUUGUAAACAAAGCAAUAAAUAGUAAAAGAGUUAUAGAUAUGAACUUUGUAUUAUAUUUAUAAUUCUUUAUUAGUUAUAAGAUUAUAUAAAAUAUUAUUUAAAUGAAGAAAACUUUUUAUCUUUGGAAUAAAAAAUAACAUACUUUUUUAAGUCAAAAGUCAAUAAAUAAAAGCCAUGAAUUACUUGUGUUAUUUCUCACUUUAGCAUAAUUUAAAUAAUGAUUGAUUGAUAUAAUUCCAUAUUUAUACAUUACUAGUAGUUCUUGUACAUAUUGAUUUAUAUGAUUACAUUGUUCAAAAUAUAAAACGUAUUACUAUACUGUUUAUUAAAUAUUAUUAUGAUAAAUUACCUAUUAUUCAGCGUUUUACCAACU